UUUGAUCCGCCCCCAAGAAAGCUAACGAGAGUGACGUGUCACAAAAAGAAAGCCGGAGGAUCUGCAAGAUGGUUAAGAACGUGAAGGAAAAAGUUAGCAUUGCUGAAGAGAUUGACAAUGUGGAGAAGCGUCUUUCUAUCUGCAGAAAAAACCUAGAAGGAAUGGAGUUCAGACUGCGGAAAGAGGAGCUACUUGAAGAUAAAAGGCUGUCACUUGAAGAAGAAAAAUCUUUAUUAUUAGAAAGAAUUUCAAAAUAUGAGCAUCAACUACGUUGCCUCCGAGGAGAAAAUAGAAGAAAUAUGCUGCUGUCGGUUGCAAUUUUAACUUUAUUUGUACUUUUAUAUAGCUUCUGGAUUAAUUCAUGAUGUGUGGCCAGAUAAUCUGCUUCUAGUUUCUGAAGUGACUUAUUUUGGAUAUGUUAAAGUGGCACAAAGUACAGCAACAAUUGUGAAAAGAAAUCUGAAAGUAUGUUUUGUUGCAAAAAUCACUUAAUCUACAGUAUACAAUUCUUAUUAGUAUGAUGUAAACCUUGCAUAAAUUUGUUACUAUUAACAUGACUGUGCACAUCAUUCUGUGCCAAUGUAGCUUUCCAGAAGAGCGCUGGGAAUGGCAAUUCUCUCUUCAAGGGCAGUCACAUCCUAUAACAAGCCUGUAUUGCAUUCUUGUUUGAAAUGAAAAGAAGAUCAUGAGAUAAAACGCACAAUAUGUCACCUUUUAUGUACCUACAGUAUGCUGUACUAUUUUAGGAAAGUUAUGUAAACUUUUUCACAAAUAUAAAUGUUGAGACAAUGUAAAUGAACAAAACUGUAUAUUUUGUUGCAAAUUAUUUCCAUGUAAUUAAUGCUUCUAACCUUACUUUGUUCUUUUUACCAAGUGUCUGGUGUGGCCAUUUUUUAGUUGCUGGCUAUUUCCCCUGGUAAACUGCUCAUUGCCAGUUACGUGUGCAAAAGUUAAUAAAAACAAAAUUCAAAUUA